CGCGAGUCUCCUCGAGGGCCCAGAGGCCACGGCGGCGCUCACUUGAGCCCAGCCUUCCGGGGCGUUGGGCAGGGGGUCAUCCCUGUCCCUCUCAUCCUCCGGGACCUUGGACGGGCCGGCUUUCGUGUCCGGAAGCGACUUGCUGAGUCACGCACUGCGCUUUUGCUGGGCGCUGCUUGUGACCUCGAAUGAUUUCAACUUAAAAGUGUUCAUUGAGCCCCUGUUGUAGGGGACAGUGAGGGUCAAAGGACAUGCGACCGGUGUCUGUGGCAGGAGACCACGGGGUCGGGUGGAGUGGGGGACGCGAAGUUCAGAAGUGGGAAUUCUGGCUGCGGGGCCACAGGACCUACAGGAGUGACCCUUUUGAUCUGGCUCCUGGGGACGAGGGGCGAGGGUCUGGGAGCAGGUUUUCAAAGGCUCUUAGGCCCAGGGCAGUCUGUCUCUGGGCAGAUUUGAGCAGCGGGCAGAAAUGAAUAGUUUGAACUUUAUUCUUUGGGAGAGACAAUCUCAGGGCAUGUGAUCCAAAGAUAUCUGUGGAGUGAGGACCAGAGAGCCCAGAGCAUGAAUAGACCGUGUCCACAUGAAUAGACGGUGGAAAUAAGGCAGGUCGUGGAGGUCCCUAGUUAGAAGGGGUGAGUGGACAGGAUUUGUGGGUUAGUUGCACAGGGCUUUGAGCUGCUGAUCCAGUGGCCUGACACCUGGUUUUGUCAGGACAGCCAAGCAGCUGACUCUGCACAGAUGGAGGUGUCUGCCUUUCUGGGCAGGUGCCCUGGCCAACAAUAGAGGUUCACUGUCCUUUAAUCUCCCAGGUUCUGGAGGACACCUGUCGGCGGCAGGACUUCAACCCCAGUGAAUACGAUCUGAAGUUCCAGAGGACUGUGCUGGACCUCUCUCUCCAGUGGAGAUUUGCCAACCUGCCCAACAAUGCCAAACUAGAGAUGGUGCCUGUGUCCCGGAGCCGUGAGGGGCCAGAGAAAAUGGUUCGAAUUGCUCUGCAGCUUGAUGAUGGCUCCCGGUUGCAGGAUACUUUCUGUUCAGGCCAGACCCUCUGGGAGCUUCUCAGCCACUUUGCACAGACCAGAGAGCACGUGCAGCAGCCGGGAGAGGCGACCCCUGUCUGUGUGUACAUGAGGGACGAGGUCACUGGCGGAGAGGCCCUACGGAGCACAACGCUGCAGUCACUGGGGCUGACUGGGGGCAGUGCCACCAUCAGGUUUGUCAUGAAGCAAUGUGACUCUGCAGGCCAGCAGGAGCCUGGGGCCAUGGGGAGCAAGACCCCAGGAAGCCCGGCCUCCUCCACGUCAGCCACCCAGGCCACUGGCAGCCCUCUGCCCCUCUUAAAAUCAGGGGGGCUCAUCAGGGGCGACCUGUGGUCUCAGGAUGAUGCAGGCACCUCGGGGACCAGCCUCACGGGCAGCUCACAGCCAGGAGACGCUCAGGCAAAGCAGAGCACAAAGAAGCCUGUGUCCGCCCCCUUUGUUCCUUUCUCUGGUGGGGGACAGCGGCUGGGGGGCCCUUCGCAGAGCGCGAAGUCUCCAGUCUCACCCUUGGCCAUGUCGCCCAAGUCCUUCUCCUGCCCUGGAGGUCCCUCCAAACCCAAGAAGCCAAGGCCUGGCGAGGAGCCCCAGCAGGAGCCCGUGGACCGAGACCCUGUGGUCUGCCACCCUGACCUGGAGGACCUGCUGCAGGCCUGGCCAGCAGAGCUGCCCGAUGAGUUCUUCGAGGUGACUGUGGAUGACGUGAGGAGACGCCUGGCCCAGCUCAAGAGUGAGCGGAAACGCCUGGAAGAAGCCCCCUUGGUGACCAAGGCCUUCAGGGAAGCUCAGAUGAAGGAGAAACUGGAGCGCUACCCAAAGGUGGUUCUGAGGGUCCUCUUCCCUGACCGCUACAUCCUGCAGGGCUUUUUCCGCCCCAGCGAGACAGUGGGGGACUUGCGAGACUUCGUGCGGAGCCACCUGGGGAAUCCCCAGUUGCCGUUUCACCUGUUUGUCGCCCCCCCCAGAACAGUCCUGGAUGACCACACGCUGACCCUCUUCCAGGCAAACCUCUUCCCUGCUGCCCUUGUACAUUUCGGAGCUGAGGAACCAACAGGCCUCUACCUGGAGCCAGGGCUGCUGGAACACACCGUCUCCCCUUCUGCAGCGGAUGUGCUGGUGGCUAGGUGCAUGUCCAGGGCCACCAAGUCUCCCCUGCCACUGCCAACCCCUGGUGCUGUGCCUCUGGAGUCUGAGCCAGCAGCUGAGGAGGGGGCACUGGGACCCCCUGGGUCUCUCCCAGGGGCAGUGCAACCCAUGAGGAGGAACCCGGGCAAGGUGCCCAAGUGGCUGAGGCUGCCAGCCAGCAAGAGGUGAGAGCUGCCAUCCAAGAGCCGCAGGACCGGACUCCACCCCACCCCACCCCAAGCAGGAAUAAAGACGUGCUUCUCUCAAGGC